AGGCCGGUGCGGCGGGGCCUAGCGCGGCCUGCCCGGGCGGGCCGAGUGCCGCCUUACCCAGGGGGGCGCCUCCAGUGCCACGGGCCCUUCCGUCUGCGCCCGAGGCCAGGGAGGCCCCGGCGGCUGUGGUGGUGGUGGCGGCGGCGGGCCCGGGGGAGGCCGGCCCUGCCGUGUGCUUGGCCCACAAAGGCUGCGAGUAACCGUUUAGAGUCGAAGUGCCGUUAGUUCUUCCUCUUAAAGUAUUGUUUUAUUCAUUUUGCACAGCAUUGGACAUCUGUCUGUCUGUGUGUCUCAGUUAGUGGAGAUUCUCGUUAAUUAAGGUACUGCCAGUCGAGGUUUUGCCAGCUCUUACCGGAGAACUAACUCUCUGUUGAAAGUGGGACACACCUUCAGGUUUUGUCUCUUAGAGCUACUCUUUGGCAUGACUUCAGACACGUGCGGUAGGCAGCAGUGUAGGAUCAGUGAUCAAGAAACUAAUGGGAAAAACUCAACUGCCAGUUCGAAUGACUUCAGUGAUCCGAUUUACAAAGAAAUUGCUAUAACCAAUGGUUGUAUCAACAGAAUGACCAGAGAUGAGCUCAGAAGUAAACUUGCAGAAUUCAAGCUUGAAACCAGAGGAGUGAAAGAUGUGCUGAAAAAGAGACUGAAAAACUAUUACAAGAAACAGAAGCUGAUGCAGAAGGAACCCAUUAAUGGAGACAGCUACUAUGACUACAUCUGUGUUGUUGACUUUGAAGCAACAUGUGAAGAAGGAAACCCACCUGAAUUCAUACAUGAAAUAAUUGAGUUUCCUAUUGUCUUACUAAACACGCAUACCCUGGAAAUAGAGGAUACCUUUCAGCAAUAUGUAAAGCCAGAGAUCAAUCCCAAGCUUUCAAACUUCUGCAUCAGUCUGACAGGAAUCACCCAGGACAUUGUUGAUAAAGCUGAUACAUUUCCUCAAGUUCUGCAGAACGUCAUAGAGUGGAUGAGACAGCGAGAACUGGGAACAAAGUAUAGCUAUUCCAUGUUGACAGAUGGAUCUUGGGAUAUGAGUAAAUUUUUGAACAUCCAGUGCCGUAUCAGCCGUAUCAAAUACCCUUCUUUUGCCAAAAAGUGGAUCAAUAUUCGCAAAUCGUAUGGGAACUUCUAUAAGGUUCCGAGGAACCAGACCAAGCUGACAAUCAUGCUUGAAAAGCUGGGCAUGAAUUAUGAUGGGAGACCUCACAGUGGACUUGAUGAUUCUAAAAACAUUGCAAGGAUAGCUAUAAGGAUGCUACAGGAUGGCUGUGAACUGCGGGUGAAUGAGAGAAUGCAUGCUGGACAGCUUAUGACAGUCUCCUCCUCGGUCCCCUUAGAGGGAGCCCCUGCUCCACAGAUGCCCCGCUACAGAAACUAGCAGUUCGGGGUUCUGCCUUAGGAACUGCUCUCAGAUACCCGCUAAAGACUGUUAAGACCUUAUUAAACGGCCACCUCUGCCAACCUGUCUGCAGUGCAGAAUCUGAAAGCACCUUAACUAAUCGUCUCUGUUGAAAUAAAGAGGAGUGUGGAAGCUCUUUGCUCUUUGAA